AUGAAAAUCUACAUAAAAGUUUUAUUAGCGUUAAUUGUGAUUAUCAAUCUUGUUUUGUGCAAAAUAAGUAAGAAAAGUCUUGUUGAGGAACAAGUAACUGAUUACCCUCAAGGAAGAUGGGAGACAAAAACAGAGUGGAAAGUGAAACUGCUGAAAGAAUGGGUUAUAAAAAAGAUGUAUGUACCGUACUGGAAAAAAGUCUGGACUCCCGUAGAAGUUCGCGAAUGGAUACCAUACCCCAGUCCACCCCCUGGGUGGUCAAAAUAGAACACAAUUCAAAACUUAUUG